AUGACCACGCUCGAAAUGCCCAGGCCUCGUCGCCCCACCGCCUCGUCCGUGCGUCGACUCUCGGCAGCGCAGCCCCUCACGCCGGCCUCGCCCACCGUCAUUCGCACCCCCGACUUCAUCCUCUUUCCUUCGGUGCCCACCCACGAACCCGAGGACAACCUUCCCACCCCCUUGGCGUGGCAGCAGCAAUUCGCCGCCGUCGCUCUCAACGACGCACAUGCAAGACGAAGCAGGAACAAUUCGAUCCAACGCAGCCCCUCGUCGGAGGACUGGCGCUUGCCGGGAAGCUCGCGCAGCGAUUUCUCGCACCAUAGCAGCAGCGGCGGCAGCAACAGUCAUAACACGGUCCUCCACGAGGACAACGACGAGCUCGAAGAGAUCGCCGACCCGGAAAACGAAGUCGACGGCGACCCAGCUGCCUCGUACGAUGCCGUUCGCGACGUUCGCAACCAGCAGCUCGACUCGCUUCAGUCGGUCGUUCACUCGAUCGCCGAAUUCCACUUUGACCGUGCCUCCUCUUCCUCUUCCUCGGGUCCCGACUCGGACAUCACCGAGACCUUGGACGACAUGUUUGCUUCCAUCCGUCGCAUCGGCGGUCACAAUGCUCCCUUGUCGCCCACCUUUGCGCGUCCCAUGAUGGCAUCGCCCAACAUGCACCAGCUCUCCGAUGUGGAUCGUCUCGUUCUCCUCGUCGACAGGCUCAAGGCUUCCGUCGGCGGCAUCACCGAUGCUCACCAGGCCGGUCUGCUGGCCAAACUCAUCAAGCUCACGCAAGGGCUCAUCGAGUCCGAACGUCGCAUUGCCCAUCCUGCUGCUGCUGCCCUCGAGAGCCCUCCUCGCACGCCUCGCAGCGUCCUCGCCACUUCGCGUCGUCGCUCCUUUAUCCAUGCAGUCCAGCACUCGCCUCGAUCUAGCAGCCAGCUCUCCUUGUCGCGUGGCUCCUUCAGCUCCACUCAGUCGUACAAUACGCUUCCCACCUCGUCCGACGAAGCGGGUCACAACAGCGAUGCCGAGCUGCAGCACCGACGGGCUCGUUCCAAGUCGCUUUCCGCGGCAGCAGCAGCCGCAUCCUCGCCCGCAACCAAGUUCACCAAGCCCUUGGAUGCGCUUGCCGAAGUCGCGCCCUUGUCGGCGGUUCCGGAACAGCACCAGUUUGACGGCUCCGUCUUUGACAUGGCCACCGUGCGUCAGUCGCCGAAACCACCCGCACGCGAUGCGCCCUUCUCCUUCGAGACGCUCUACUCGCCUCUCUCCACGGCGUUGGGCUUGAUCAACACGCAUUCGUCGCCUCGCUCCGACCAAGCCUCGCUCGCAGCCUCGGUGGCCGCCAAGUCGGAUGCCACCGCUUUGCCUGGCCGCAGCCGGCGUUCGCGUUCAGUAUCGGUGCAGACCGACGACAACAAGAGCGUCGCUAGCACCUGCUUGCCCGGCUACAACUCGCACGAGGCUCCUGGCUACGAAGUGGCGGACGCCAGCAGCACCAGCAAGAACCUCGAGAAACAAUCGCAGGCGGGCGACUUGCCGCAAUACGCCGAGUCGACCGCUGCCGCUGCUUCUGCUUCUUUGUCGUCCGACGUCAAGAAGCCCGUCGAGGCGCCCACGCUGCUCGAACGCCGUCGUGCCAAGAUGGCGGCCCAGCACAGCGCCUACGCCGCCCGCACGCCCGAGGACCUUGCAGUGGUGCAGAGUUCCAUCGACCACAUGUCCACCGUCAUGCCUCAGCUCGACAACCAGCGCGCUCUCUCGCCCGAAGAGCAACGCGAGGCGCAGCUGCAGACCAUGAUGGGCCGUCUGAGCAAGUCGAGCUCCACACGCAUGAACGAUCAGCGCAGCAACCCUCCGACGCUGCGAGCCACUCGCACUGCUCCCUCGCCUCCGCUCGCGUCCACAACCGCACAGACGGGCCUCUUGACUCCGCUGGUGGCCGUGAACGAGUUGCCGCCGCGCAGGGAAUCGACCUUCGUACCCGAGCGAGAGGCACCAAAGACGCCCACCACACCGCCCUUUGUGUCGAACGCCUCGUCGUCUCGCAGGGCGUCUUUGCUUCCCAGCGCAUUCACCCGCAAGCUCUCGAUCGCCAGCAUUGGCAAUGCGCUGCGUCGUGCUUCCAUCUACGACGCAUCCAAGGCCAAGCAGCAGCAGCAGCAGCAGCCGCCGCCCAAGGCAGUAGAAAGGAGGCAGCAGAGCGAAAGCGAGGUCUCGGCUCCCACGAUCGUUGUCGAUGAUGCCACCGUCCGUCAUCGUCGCGGCCAGGCGUCUCGCGACACGCGUACCAAGUACGACAUUGCCGAGUCGCUGACCACCCUGAUCAACGACGGCAAGGCGCCAAACAAGUCGAGUCCCGUCUCGAGUAUCCGCUCCUCCCGAGCUUCCAAGCGCGAGUCGCAGGGAUUUCGAGCCAUCGACUUCGCCGACGACACCCCACGUGGGCGCGACACCGUGAUGGCGCGGGAUGGCAUCGAGAUGGAGGACGAAGACGACAGCAUGCUGCAAGACUACAGCUUUGCUAAAGUCACAACGACCAAAUCGAACCACCGGCUGUCGAUCAUGCCCAUCGUGCCCGACUCGCCGCGUAGCCUCGCCGACUGGGGGAGCAGCGCCUCGUCGCGCCGCAGCUCGAACCACGGCUCGGCCAGUCCCGGCACGCCGACGUGGCCCAAGUCGCCGCUCACCCCCGUCUCGCCCACGAUGCCCACGGCCAAACGGAUCAGCAUGAAGCCCAGCGUGACGUUUGCAGCGGGAACACUGCCCCCACCGCCAGCGGGGCAGUCGGUCGCCGCCAACAACUCGAUUCUCUGA